GACUCCAAUCGAUGUAAUCACAUUUUACUAGGGCGCCAAAUCUCAGUGGCCUCAGUGGGUGGACAGAGAUAUCUCUGCUAUUAAAGAGAUGAAGCCGUGUUUGGCAUUUUUAGUCGCGCUUAGUCUUCAGGCAGCUGUGGCAGAAUGGUCGUACCAGACGUCCUGGUAUGAAAAGGCACGUCAGGACAAAGUUGCCCGCGGAACUGUUUGGCCCCAGCCGAGGUCCAUAGAUACCACGUCCGUAAGAUACUACCUCGACCCUCGUAGCUUCAAGCUUGAGGCGGACUCUAGCUCUGCCGCAGUGAGUGAUCCCGAGUGCAAGGAAGUUGUGGAUCAUGCACUGAGUAGGUAUGGUGGGUUGCUGUUCUGGAUCCCUGAGGAAGACAGGGCCGGGGUGGACGGAGACGAGAUCCUGGACAAGCUGGUGCUGACCAUCACACGCGGCUGCACCAGAUAUCCUAGUCUGGAGUCGGACGAGUCGUACUCGAUUUUGGUAAAUUCUGACGGAGCAACGCUUCGGGCUCAAACCGCAUGGGGCGCUCUCAGGGGGCUGGAAACUUUCAGCCAACUGAUAUACGGAGAGAACGGCAAGCAUGUGAUCAACGGGACGAGUAUCAGUGAUUCUCCCAGGUUUCCACACAGAGGCAUCAUGAUAGACACCGCCAGGCACUACCUCCCUCUGCCGUUCAUUCUGAACCACUUGGACGCCAUGGCUUACAACAAGAUGAAUGUGCUCCACUGGCACAUAGUGGACGAUCAGGCCUUUCCCUUCCAAAGUGCCACUUUUCCAGAUCUCAGCGGAAAGGGUGCAUACACUAGGAAGCACGUUUAUACACCAGAUGACGUCAGCCAAGUCCUUGAGUUUGCGCGCCUGCGCGGAAUCAGGGUCAUCCCAGAAUUUGAUACCCCUGGUCACAUGAUGUCUUGGGGUCAAGGUCAUCCGGAAAUUCUGACCAGGUGCUACCCUACGAGUUUCCAACCAGACAUCUAUCAUCUUGGCCCAGCCAACCCAGCCCGGGAAACUACCUACACCUUCAUGAGGAAGCUGUUCGAGGAGAUCCGACAGCUUUUCGCGGACGAAUAUUUCCAUGUGGGCGGUGAUGAGGUCCGCUUCCAAUGCUGGAACAGUAAUGAAGAAGUACACCAAUUCAUGGUACAGCAGGGGUUUCCCAAUAGUACGCAAGGGUUUGCUGAUCUCCAAGGGUACUACAUACGUAGGAUACUUGAAAUCCUUCAUCAGGUUCCUGAGACGACCAGAGGGAUUGUCUGGCAGGAGAUCUUUGACAACUUCGAGAUCACUGGAGACCUCACGGGUUUGAAUCUGGACACGAUCAUCCAUGUGUGGGAGUGGAACGACACAAGGUACCAAGGGGAACCAUUCCGUGAGGAGAUGGCCAAGGUUACAGCAGCCGGGUACAGAACGAUCCUGUCAUCCUGCUAUUACCUCAACUACAUCAGCUACGGGCGGGACUGGCCGCAGUACUAUGAAUGUGACCCACACGACUUUCAAGGGACGGAGGCACAGAAGCAACUGGUCAUUGGUGGAGAAGCUUGCCUAUGGGCUGAAUGGGUAGAUUCUACAAAUUUUAUUCCUCGGAUGUGGCCCCGUGCUAGUGCUGUAGCAGAGCGGCUGUGGAGCCCACAGGACGUGGCAGACAGUGAAGCAGCGUCACCUAGGAUGGAGGAGCAGAGGUGCAGGAUGGUCAGGCGAGGCAUCCCUGCCCAACCCCAGGGCCCCAGCUACUGUGAGUACGAGUGGAACAUCCUCAGCCAGCUUCCCAACUACCGUCCGGUCAUCACCUCAUCCGGGCUGCGUGUGACGGAAGGACUGUUUCACAUCAUGUUCCUCGACGUCUUGGUCCUGGCAGUGGUCAAGUGUUUGGCCUAGACAUGUUUUGAGCGUAGCCAUCAUUUCGUUAUUACGAACUGGAUUGGUAUAAUAAAGUGCAUAGCCAAUUAGAUACUUUGCCUCCCAAUUUUUGGGCUGAUGGAAUCAAACGAAAUCCCAAUCUCUGUGUGCAGUAGUAUGGUGCUUGUAAUGCAAAGUACUUGUUGUCGCGUGCUCAUGAUUUCAGAAAUCUCCACGAUCUCUCUCAGUCAGUAGAAUGCUAACCUUGCUGUUGAUUUUCAGUCCAUAAUGGUUUGUUCAUGAAUAUCAACCCAAUUCAAUAGCUGACUAGAAUUUAAGUUGAACUUUCAACGGAGGCAAAUCAUAUAUGUGAGCCAAAAGUCAAGACGACAGGCCUGACGUGUGCACAGACACGAUUUUGAAAUAAAGGUCACUAGGGGUUGC